AGCCCACACGCCGCGGAAUGUGAUUGACGCCGGUCUAGUGAGAUAAAAUCAUUUUUGCUAAAAAAACAUCGAUUUUUCAAGAUGGUGUACAAGUACAAGCGCAAGACUGAUCGCGCCUCAUGGUCAGAAGAAAACUUGAAGAAAGCUAUGCUUGAGGCUCAAAUAUCUUCAAUUACUGCUUCAAGUAAGAAAUACGGUAUUCCGUAUGCUACUUUAUAUAGACAUUUGCAGAAGGGUUCAGCUAAAAAGAAGCUUGGCCGAUUCGAAACUAUUUUCACGCCCAAGGAAGAAGAAGAUCUUGUAGCUUAUGUUAAGAAAAUGGAUUCUAUCUUCUACGGCUUGACACGAGUAGAAUUUCUUAGAAUAGUUGGAGAAUUUGCUAAAAAGAUUGGCAAAGAGGGUGUUUUCACUGACAAUAUAGCGGGGAAAGGUUGGUUUCAUAAAUUUAGAGCUCGACAUCCUGAGUUGGUACUACGAACGCCAGAACCUACUUCUAUAGCUAGAGUUAAAGGUUUCAACCGUGUUGCUGUGGAAAGAUUUUACUCUCUUUUGGAAGAAACAAUAGAGAAACACAAUAUUAUCCCUGAUAUGAUGUAUAAUGUUGACGAGACUGGAGUGACCACAACAAACCACCGAAGGUUUUGUCAAUUUCUGGCAAAAAGCAAGUUGGGGUUGUCUCCAGCAAGGAACGAGGAGUGCUGACAACAAUUAUAUGUUGCUGCAGCCCUACGGGAACUUUUAUUCCACCUUUUUUCAUUUUUAAACGUAAGAAAUUUGACCAAAGACUACUUGAUGGUGCUCAACCAGGUUCAGAAGCAACAAUCACCGAUAGCGGAUGGGUCAACACUGAAAAGUUUUUAAGCUGGCUUCAUAUUUUUGUUGAAAAAGUCCGUCCCACUGAAGAACGAAAAGCCUUGUUAUUGUUUGACAAUCACGAGUCCCAUAAGAGCUACGCAGUCUUGGAUUAUGCGUCAAAUAACAACGUGAUCUUCCUUUCAAUCCCGCCGCACACCUCACAUCGACUUCAGCCCCUGGACGUGGCAGUCUAUGGACCAAUCAAAAAAUAUUUUGAAAUGGAAGUGAAUACCUUUCAAAAGGCACAUUUAGGACGAAUCAUAAAUCAAUAUGAUGUUGCAAAACUAUUCACAAACGCAUAUUUGAAAGGCGCGACACCUGCAAGUGCCAUUAGCGGCUUUCGUGCCAGUGGCAUAUAUCCAUUCAAUAAGCAAGCAAUCGGAGAAGAACACUUUGCGCCAUCAGAAAUAUAUCAACUUGCUGAACAACCUGGUACUGAAACUUUACCAGAAAAUAUUGUUCAAAGAGAAGAUGUUCCCGUAAGCGAACCGCCCAGCCCUCUUUUUUUAAAUCAGGUUGAGGUUUCUAAGGAACCAGUUCAUGGUAACAUUGUCAUGCAAAUCACAGAGCAACCCAAUUCUCUAUCUCGAAAGAAUCUUGAGCCGGUCCAAGUAAAAAUAAACAAAGAUGUAGAAGACAAGGAUAAACCUAGAGAUUCUGCUUCAAAAUGUAUUGAGCCUAAUGAAACUGACGAUUUGGAAGUUCAAAACAAUAGUAAUAUUUCAAAUAUUGAUAUCCUGCGAGAAAUAAGGCCUAUACCUAAAGAAAUUAACAAAAGAAACAUAAAAGGUCGGAAGCCACAGAGAGCAG